AUUAUUUUUCAAUUUUUCAAUUAUUUUUCUGUUUAAGUUUUGCAGAAUCGAUUUCCACGAACUGGAGACAUUAUUGACAAAUGAAAUAGGAAAAUAAGCAUUCUUCAGCAAGGAGACAGUGAUGUUAAGAGAUUAAAAAAAGAAAGAAAAGAAAGAAAGCAAGAGGAAAAUUUGUAACAGUCUUGAAACAAUAAACUUGUAAAAAUCCAUUCCAUUUUUCCUUUCUGGAGAGAAACUGUAAAAUGUCAGAAGGAAGCAUUGGUGAUUUCACUUGUGAUAACUGUGGAAAAACAUUUAGAAAGCUGGUAUAUCUCAAGUAUCAUGAAAGAAGUCACACUGAUAAAUAUAAAGAUGAUAAACAUGACAAAGGAGAUGAAUAUCACGUGAAGGAGGAAAAUCCCGUCUCCGGUCGGAAGCUUAAGGUGGAAAAGACUGAUUACUCCAGUGAUGAAUUUGAAGAAAACGCUUCCCCGCCCAGCCCUCAAAGUGAAGGAAGUAGUGAAGACAGCAGGGAAGGUCAGAGGUCAAGUCUGAAGAUGAACCAUCUUGCCUGGCCACAAAGUCAACUAGUGAAAAGUUAUCCUUGUCGAGUAUGUAAGAAAGUAUUCGGACGACUGUCACAUCUUAGGCGUCAUGAAAAACUUCACACUGGAGAGAAAAAUUUUAUUUGUGAAGUUUGUGGCAAAGGUUUUCUUGAGGGUUCAGGCUUGCGGACACACAAGCUCACACACACCGGGGAGAAGCCAUUUGUCUGCCAGGAAUGCGGAAAACGUUUUCGUCAAAAAGGAGCUUUAUCCGUGCACCUCCUGUUGCACAGUGGAGAAAAGUCACACAUAUGCGAUAUUUGUGGCAGAGCUUUUGCUCAAAAUAGUAAUUUGAAAAAACACGUAGAGAGACAUCAGAAUGGAUCCCCGUACAGAUGUGAACGCUGUUUUCGAGAUUUCAAAUGUGAAAGCAUUUAUCAAAAGCAUAUGAAAAAGCAUGAAGAAAAAGUCAUUGCGUACUGUAGCAAUUGCAACCAGGGUUUCACCACUGACCAAAAACUCAAGAGACAUGAGUAUGGAUGUUUGAGACGUGGUGACCCAAUUUGCGAAGUCUGCGGAAAAAAGUUUAAAAGUCACUCUAACUUGGAUCGCCACAUGAUGAUUCAUACGGGGGAGAAGCCAUUUGCUUGUGAGGAGUGUGGGAAGGCGUUUAACCAGCUCCAGUACCUGAACACCCACAUGAUGAUACACACAGGCCAGAAACCGUACAAAUGUGAAAUCUGUGGCAAAGGAUUUGUUCAAAACCAAAACAAAAAGCAGCACAUGAAGACACACCGUGACCAUCCCAUGGGAAUGAUAAAGCAAACCGAGAAUGACCAGAGCCUGACAGCUGAUUCUUCUGAAUGUUUUGAUGCAGGGGAGGAAGCAUUUCUCUGAUUCAUUAAAAUGCCAAAACAAUGUACAAGAAUCAAUUCAAUCAUUAAUCAAUUCCAAAUGAUCAAUUUUCUUACUCCUCCAUGGCACCUGAUCCCACCUCUGAUGUUUUGGAGGUCCGUGUUUGCUCUGCUCUUAUUAUGUUCCCCAAACGGAGUUUGGGAACAUUGUUUUUACUCUGUUUCUUAUUAUUUUGUAUUGUUUUAUGGACAUUGAGAUUGAAUACUGUUCGUUAUCUCCAUAUCCUUCUUUCUGUCAACCUAGUUUUUUUUACCUUAAUUUGUAGAUUGUGUAGUAAUUGUUUGUAAGGUGAAAUAAA